AUGGAAAAGUUCACAAACCCAAACCUAGAACCGUCACAGUCACAGUCACCGUCACCGUCACCGUCAGCCAUGCCAACCACAAAACGCUCCUUUCAACUCAACUUUUUCUCCAAAGCCUUAAUUUGCUUUGGCAUUAUCUUUGCCAUCACCGACUUCGUCAUGUUAUGGAUAGUCAUAAAACCCGUGCUCCCAUCCUUUCAGCUAAACUCCGUUACCGUUUCCUCACUCAGCACAACCUCGGAUGGGGACUUAACGGCGACGUUUGAUGUCGCUGUCAACUCACGGAACCCGAAUGCUAACCUCACUCUCUCGUGCGAGAGCCUCGAGGUCACGGUCUGGUUCGGGCACCGCACCAUCGCCUCGGCCUCGGUCGGGCCGUUCUGGCUCGAAGGCGCGAGCGAGAGCCCUGUCCGAGCCCGGUUCGGGGUGGACCGGAAGAUGUUUCCUCGCGGGGUGGUAAAUGGCGUCGCGCAGCAACAGGCUCGCGGUUACGUGGAUUUUCGAGUUACGUUGCUCGCUCGGGUUAGGUUUUGGUGGCAUGGCGCUGUGCGCACUAGGGUUCGCCCUUUAACGUUUGAAUGUUACCCAUUGAACAUUGUGUUCCAUUCUGAUGACGACAACAACAGCGACACCGGAAGAAUGGAGGCUCCUUAUGAGUGCUAUGUAAUUUAA